AUGGCGUCUUACGGCAGCGACCCCGAGGAGGAGGAAGAUGAUUUCAACCCGGCACCUGAAAUUGACGAAGAUGACGUCGCGCCAACCAACAAGGCCUCGCGCAGGCCUGCAGACGAAGACGAAGAGGAUGAAGUCGAUGCGCCGAACCGGAUGGGCAAUGACGACGAAGAUGAAGAGGGUGGCGGCAUAGAUGUCGACGAUGACGACGACGAUGAAGAGGAUGACGAAGAAGAUGAAGACGACGAGGAUGUUGUCGCCCGACCUGCGAAGCGGAGAAAGAAGGCGAAGCGCAAUAUGUUCAUUGAUGUCGAAGCCGAAGUCGAUGAAGACGAAGAAGAAGAGGAAGAGGGCGACGAUGAAGGUGUUGAUGAAGUCCACCCCGACGACCUCCUCGAGCCCACGGGCGCCGAUCUCGACGACCGCCACCACCGCGAACUUGACAUGCGCCGUGAAGUCAACGCACAAAAGGACGUUGAAGAACUCGCCAAGGAAUUCGACGAGAAGUAUAGGCGGCGUGAAAUGCAGAGCGCUCGUCGUGGUGGUGCUGGUGCCGUUCCUCUGGCCCUACCCACAGUCGACGACCCGUCUAUCUGGGGUUGCAAGUGCCGUCCUGGAAAGGAGCGCGAGAUCGUUAUGGCCAUUCAAAAGCGCCUUGACGAGAAGAUGCGCGCAGGCCAGCCAAUUCAGGUCUACUCCGCCUUUGAGCGAGGUCCUACUGGACCCCAGUCUGGUUUCCUCUACGUGGAAGCCGACUCGAAGCAGGCUGUUGUUGAGCUGAUUGAGGGUAUCCAGAAUGUCUUCAUGGGCUCUGGUCAAUUCUCGAUUCCUCCAAAAGAGCGUCCAGAUCUGCUCCGCAAGAAGAAGCGCGCGCCAUUGGAAGUCGGCAAGUUUGUGCGCAUGUUGCGUCCCCCUACAUACAAGGGCGAUCUCGCAAAAGUCGUGGAGGUCUCAACUAACGGUCUUGACUGUGUCGUACAACUCGUACCACGUCUGGAUUACGGCCUGAACGAUGAUGCUAACGCCGCCGUCGACAACAAGCGCAAGCGCGGUUUCUUUGGUCGGCAGACCGAGCGUCCACCUGCGAAGCUCUUCAACGAAGCCGAAGCGAAGAAGCGACACAUGAAGCAUCUCAGCAUGACCGGAUCUGGCAAUCAAAGAGCAUACACAUACAAGGGCGAGGACUACCAGAAUGGUUUCCUGAUCAAGGAAGUCAAGGUCAACUGGGUCAGCACUGAAAAGGUUAACCCUAAAAUGGAGGAGUUGCAGUUCUUCGCAAUCCAAAAUGCGGAUGGCACAGAGACAAUGGAUCUUUUGGCCGUACAGGCCGCGCAAAAGGCCGCAGACUCUGGCUCUGCUUUCGCUGCAGGAGAUAACGUCGAGAUCUACACCGGUGAACAGAAGGGCAUCCGCGGUACUACUGUCACAGUAAUAGGUGACAUUCUUACACUCCGAGUCAGCGAAGGCGAUCUUAGGGGCAGGAGGAUUGACGCUCCUGUCAAGACUCUACGGAAGCUCUUCCGAGAUGGUGACCACGUCAAGGUCAUCGGUGGCAGCAAGUACGUCGACGAAGUUGGUCUAGUCACCAGAAUCAAGGAUGAUAAGAUCACCUUGCUUUGUGACUCUACUCAGCAGGAAAUCACGGUCUUUAGUAAGGACCUGAAGCGCGCUGCUGAUUCGGCAAACGUCGGCGCCGAUUCGAACUUUGAUCUCUACGACUUCGUACAAAUUGAUGCCUCAACCAUCGGUUGCGUUGUCCGUGUGGACCGAGAAGUCCUAAGAAUCGUCGAUCAACAGGGCGAUGUUCGCACGCUCCUCCAUACACAGGUUUCACAAAUUGUCGGCAGGAACAAGCAUGCUGUAGCAACCGACCGCGACGGUUCCGAGAUCCGACACGAGGACGAUGUCAAGGAAUACGGAGGCGAAGGCCGUCAAGGCAAGGUUCUCUACAUUCACCGUGGUACACUCUUCGUCCGCAAUCGCGAGCUAGUCGAGAACCAGGGCAUCUUCGUGGUUCGGAGCAACAACGUUGUCACCAUGGCAGCAAAGAGUGGUCGCGCUCAAGCACAAGGCCCAGAUCUUAGUGGCAUCAACCCUGCCCUAAACGCAGGAGCGAACGGCAACGCGAGCGCUAUGCCUCCCCCUCGCGCUUCGUUCGGCCGUGACAAGCUCAUUGGCAAGACCGUCGUUAUUCGAAAGGGUGCCUAUAAGGGUUUGUUGGGUAUCGUUAAAGAUACCAUGAACGACGAAGCCCGUAUUGAGCUGCACACAAAGAACAAGCAGGUCUCAGUAAAGAAGGAGCUCCUCACUAUCAAGGACCCUAUUACUGGCCAAAGUGUGGAGAUUGGAGGCAAGUUCCCCAACCGCUCGCGUGGAGGCUACUCAGGCGGUCAAACAAGCUACGGUGGUGCAGCUGGUGGACGAACACCUGGCUGGGGCAGUUCUGGUGGUGGUGGCCGUACACCUGGAUGGGGCGGCGGUGGUGGUGGUCGCACACCUGGCUGGGGAGGUGGUGCCGCCGCCGGAGGCCGCACGCCUGGUUGGGGUGGUGAUGGUGGACGCACUGCUUAUGGCGGAGGAGACGGAUCACGGACUGCUUAUGGCGGUGGUGAUGGCUCUCGAACAGCUUACGGCGGCGCAACUGCUUAUGGAGGCGCCACAUCUUACGGUGGAGCGACAGCAUACGGCGGCAAUGACGGAAACCGUACUGCUUAUGGUGGCUUCAACUCAGGUAGUCGUACACCUGGUUGGGGUGGCUCGGGAGGAAACACUACCUCGAAAUCUGGUGGUCUCUCUGCUCCUACGCCAGGCGCAUACAACGCCCCAACGCCUGGUGCUUACGCCGCACCUACUCCUGGUGGUUAUGGUGCAUACUCUGCGCCUACGCCAGGAGGACCACCUAUGGAUGCUCCUACACCUGGCAACUAUGCUGCGCCCACACCUGGUGAUACAUCGGGUGGUCGAUAUGGUCUUGCGGCGCCUACACCAGGUGCGUGGGAUGCCGCAACGCCAGCACCUAGUGGUGAUCCUGGGUACGACUAG